AAAUAACCCUAAUGAUCCCUAAAUUGAGUAAAGCUUCAAACCAGCAGCUCGAAAGAGAAAAUCACGAAACCUUGACGCCUACUAGUUCAGCCAGUAAUGGCGGCGAAGAAGUCCAACAGCGAAGGCGUUCUAUCUAGGGUUUCAUCAACAGUAUCCGAAUCUCCAAUCGUCUACAAAGGCAAGCGCGCAGCUUCAGAUGCGGGUUUCGUCGUCAAGAAGCUCCUCAGGAGCACAGGCAAGGCAGCCUGGAUUGCCGGAACAACUUUUUUGAUCCUCGUUGUUCCCCUCAUCAUUGAAAUGGACCGAGAGGCUCAAUUGAACGAGCUGGAGCUCCAACAGGCUAGCCUGCUCGGCACUCCAUCUUCCGCCGCCCCGCACUAAGCCCUAAUUUGAUCGGUCAGGUUUUUCUGCUUAAUUAGUGGUUUCGAAUGAUAUAAUUUGUGAGGAUUUUUAUUUCCUUUAUAACAAAGUAUUUUUUGUUUAUUCCUGCUGUUGUUCCAUAGAUGGGAUUAUCACAUGGAAAUCGAAUUUAUCAUUGUUGAUUAAGAUGAGUAUUGUGAUGGAUGAACACAAUUGGGGAGCUUGCCUCCUUGUUAUCAAUUGCAUAUCUUCCAUGAAAUCUAUGAUUGUUAUUUGUUGUUAAAUUCUUAAAUAUUGUUUGCUUUGGCUUCA